AUGGAAAAAUUGAGUGGCAAAUUAAAAGACACAGCCUCGCAGAUGAAACUCAAUGUGGUUCAUUUGUGUAGUUCCGUGGAUGCCAAAAACAUUGACGAAGCUGUCUUGAAAGCCACGUCUCAUACCUCGAACAAACCACCUUCCGACAGAUACGUCGAGUUUCUCAAACAGACAGCGGUAACGUGUUUCUGUCAUCAGACCAUCAGUGCGAUUGUGCAGAGGCUGUGUGUGACGACGGAUGUGUGCGUGGCUUCUAAAUGUCUCAUUCUUAUCCAUAUUGUGAUUAAAUGUGAAAAUGGUUAUAAAGGAGAAGGUCUUCGUGGCACUAAUAGUCCCCGUAAUUUGAUUUAUAACCAAGGAGAGAGUACUCUUAAGUUGAAUGAUCUUAAUGUAGAUGCAUCUCGUUUUACUAAAGAGCUGGCUCCCUGGGUUCAAUGGUACAAAGAAUAUCUUAAAAUUUACUUUUGCACUGCGGAGGUUUUAGGCGUUACUCCCAACAUAAAAUUAGAAGAAAAGCUUCUGGAGACUCAACGAGUCUCGUCUUACAACACCGAUUGCAUUUUCAAACAAGUCGAUUUCUUGGUGAAUCUAUUCGAGAAUAUAAGUGCAAGACCAAAAACCCCUACGGUAAAAACGAACAGAAUCGUUAUAACGAUAAUGGGACUAUUGCAAGAAGAUUACAUCUCGGUGAUAAGAUUGUUUAUGAUAAGGUUUGAAGAAUUGGGCCAGAGAGCAGUUCCGGCCGAGCUGAUUUCCGUUUUAGUGAGGCUUGAAAAUUGUAGAGAGGCUUUGAGCCAGUUUUGUUGGCGAUGCAUACGUUUGGAUGAGGAUUUUUGGGGUUCGGUAUCGAAUCUAAAAGAUAAAUAA